UCAAACCCACAACAAGAGAAACAGCCGAUCGAGCACCUUGCAAUGGCCGCGGAUCUUCGUCCAGAGGUGGUGCUGCUGGACUUCUGGGUGAGCCCCUUCGGGCAGCGCUGCCGGAUCGCGCUGGCCGAGAAGGGCGUGCCCUACGAGUACCGCGAGGAGGACCUCCUCAACAAGGGCGACCUGCUCCUCCGCUCCAACCCCGUCCACAAGAAGAUCCCCGUCCUGCUCCACGCCGGCAGGCCCGUCUGCGAGUCCCUCGCCAUCGUCCAGUACGUCGACGAGGCCUGGCCGGACGCCGCGCCGCCGCUCCUGCCCCGCGACGACGACCCCUACGCCCGCGCGCAGGCGCGCUUCUGGGCCGAUUACAUCGACAAGAAGAUCUACGACUGCCAAACUCGGCUGUGGAAGCUCAAGGGUGACGCCCAGGAGCAGGCCAAGAAGGACCUGAUCGAGGUCCUCGAGACCCUGGAGGCCGAGCUCGCCGGCAAGCCCUACUUCGGCGGCGACAACUUUGGCUUCGUGGACGUCGCCCUGGUGCCCUUCACCUCCUGGUUCCCCACCUACGAGAAGCUGGGCGGGUUCAGCGUCGAGAAAUGCUGCCCCAAGAUCGUGGCCUGGGCCAAGCUCUGCAGGGAGCGCGAGAGCGUCGCCAUGGCACUGACCGACCCCGACAAGGUGUACGAGUUCGUCCAGUUCCUCCAGAGCAAGUUCGGGGUCAAGCAGUAGAGGGCGAUGGGCUAGGCAGGACCCGUGCUUUGAGUUGCUUGAUCUCGUUGUUGCAGGCUUGCAGCUUUCAGUUGGUGUAUCAGAUUGUUGUGUCGUGUCAUCGAUGUCUUACCGAAGUUUGGUCUGAUAAACUCCGGUUUGAAUUUUACAAGAAAACACGCAAACAAUGGA